GCUCCGUCCGCUCCGUCCGUCCCGUCCGUCCACCAUAAGCAUGCGCCCCCAGAUCGCCCGCACCGUGCGCACGCUUGGCCGCCGCGCCAACUCGAACACGGCCGACAAGGCCAAGGCUGUCGCCGAGGACGCCGCUACCAAGGCCAAGGUUGUUGCCGAGGACGCCGCCAGCAAGGCCAAGAGCGCGGCCCAGGACGUCGCAGAGCACCCCCAGGUUCAGAAGGCGGUCGCCAGCGCCAACGCCGCGCUCGCGCAGGCGUCGGCUGUUGUUUCGCGUGUGACUGGCCCCGUCGGCGACAAGGUCGGGAGCAUGCUUGGCUCGUACAAGCAGCCCAUCGUCUACAACUUCAACGUCUUCACCUCGCUCUGCCGCCAGGUGUACCAGGCUGAGAAGCUCGCUCCCCCCACCCAGCUCGCGCAGUGGGCCUCGGCAUACUCGCAGAUCUUCUCUGCCGCCACCUCGCCCGCGUUCUGGCAGAAGGCCAUGUCCAACGGCCAGGCUGCCAAGAUUGCUGUUGCCGGCGUCGAGGCAUACGGCAUCUACAAGAUUGGCGAGAUCAUUGGCCGCCGCAACCUGAUCGGCUACAAGUCGACUGCCCCCGCGCACCACUAAGCGUUAAAAGGCCAAGAGGCCGUGUAGCAAAGGG